AUGGCCGCCAAAACCAAGGUGAACCCAAUGAAUGGGAUGCACACAGCGGGCAUCUUUUCGGACAUGAGUGUUGACGGACCCGUCAUUGGUACUUUGGUUCUCAUUGUUGACAGAGCCAAGAACCUGCCGAACCGGAAGACGAUUGGCAAGCAAGACCCAUAUUGCGCUGCCCGUCUGGGCAAGGAAGCACGGAAGACGACUACCGACGUACGAGGCGGCCAAACACCCAAGUGGGACCAAGAACUUCGAUUUCCUGUGCAUGAUUCGCCAGAUUACUACCAGCUGAAGUUAUCUGUUUUCAAUGACGACAAGAGGACAGAGCUCAUUGGAGAAACAUGGAUAGAUUUGAGGGAUAUUAUAUUGCCCGGUGGUGGUCAGAGUGACCACUGGCAUACCCUCAGCUGCAAAGGGAAAUACGCCGGAGAAAUCAGAAUUGAAACCACAUACUACGACACCAGGCCCAAACCAGAGAAGCCUGCAGCAAAACCGAAGCCGGUUGCUUCUGCGCCUGAGCUAGACGGAGGCAAUGCUGCGUCUAGGACUCCUGUUAAAAGGCGUCCGUUGCCCACCAACCCUGGCAACCCUGGUUCUACCGAGCCUUCUCCUGCCGCAAAGCCCAGAGCGGCGCCUGUACAGACGCCCCCAAGGCAGCAGCCACAUGCUCAUGGCAGCUUCAUCCCAAACCAGUCUCCUCUCCAGGCUGUUGAGUAUGGAACACCACCAGCCGCACGCUUUAGCCAAGCCGAAGAACAUGGCAGUCGCUACGCGAUGCCACCUUCACACAGAGACGCCCAAUACCGUCAAUCAGUCGACAGGGGAGACAAGUUCAUCGCUCUUGAGGAGGAUCGUCGGUACACCCAAGAGCCAUACCCGCGCGCAGUUGAGCACGAUCAUCGAAGCUCUCUUCCUGCAAGUCAACCAGAUUUUGACGCACCCUCUCCAGCUGUGAUUGGACCCCGACAACUAGGUGGACCUCAACAAGAUGGCGAACGUCCGCCACCGCCGCCAGCUCACAGAGUGAGAAACAACACUGCGCCGCCGCAUGAGAUGAGCGUGCCCGCACAACACAAGGCAACACCGCCUUUGUCUAUGAGACAUGAUGUACUACGCAAUGAGGCGCACAGGCACUCGGUACAAGCCGUACCUUCGCCUUCUUCUACAUCCACUUAUCCGGGCCGACCAACAUAUCGCCCAUAUGAUUCAGCGCCUGAGAUGCCAAAGCAAUUAACCUAUGAGGAUGCCAGUCAUCAAUCUCCGCCACGACAUCACUCUUAUGACGCAGCUGUUGAUCCUCACCCGCGAUCGAUGCAGCCAACAGUUGAAGACGUGCCAGAAUCCUGGACACCUCCCACCGCUCGGGUGAGAGGCGCCAGCUUUCAACAAGAUCAUUACGAAGAAGGCGGAUAUGGCUCGGUUCCAAGCCCGGCUCCACUAAACCUGAGCGGGCGUAGUAGUGCUGUUUCCGGUCACUACACUACUCCUUCACCCGUAGAGCGACACUACGGCACAAACACUUUUACUGCUUCUCCAUCCCCUGUCGCCUCAAGGGAUCACUACGAUGACCGCGCUGGGCGUUCAUAUGGGCAAUCCUACGAGGCGAAUAUGGAUCCUUACUUGUCCAACGGCAAUGUGCCAGAAGGUACAUUGGUUCACCGCUCCACUGAUUAUGGAGUGCCGCCUGUGCCGCCCACAUUGAUACCCGGCGUUGACCCUACCCUAUCGCAGGAGAUCGCCAAUCGCAUCAAUGAAGACAGGAGAUAUGAGCGUCGCUAUACCCAGCCAGCUGCUGCCGUUACACCGACCAGGGGAAGGCAGCACAGUGAGCCACCCGCUGGCUAUGGACAGCCUUCGCCGCAGAACCACUACUACCAAGAGUCGAACGGGUAUGGUGCAGCAUAUUCAAAUGGACCUAACGCCGCCAUGCGUGGGCAUUCGCCUGGAGCGGCACCUCACGCCGUACGAGACCGCUCGCCUGCGCCAGCGCCUUAUGCCAUGCGCGAUCGCUCACCCGCACCAGCACCUUAUACCAUGCGCGAUCGCUCACCUGCGCCCGCACCGUAUACCUCGAUGCGGGGCCAUUCGCCAGGUCCAAAUCCUAAUCAUACUAUCAAGCGGAAGUCCGUUAGCCCUGCCCCUCCGCAAGACGGUAGAAGGUUAUCGGGAGUUCCUUUCGGUCCCGACUCGUACGAUGAUUUGAACCCUUCAGUCGCCGCGGUCAAGGAUGAAACCAAGAAUGGCGAGUACACGAAUGCCUAUGGCAAGAUCGUGACUGUUGAUGGACGGGAGGUUGAUCCUUCGGACCAUCUGCCCAUGGACACUUGGGCUCCAGAGCCAGAACCAAAAGGGCCGAAACAGAUUGAGGCGGCGCCAAGCACCCGACCGAUGCCUUCCGGAGCACAACCGAUGCCACCUUCUGGUCGCAGACAGAUCAGGAUUACAGCAAGACCACAGUCCAUGGCUGUCGUACCAUCUGCGUACACUGCUCCAGAUGUUGAGCCAUUGUCUGCGCCCAGCUCAGGUCGCAACCGCUUACAGAAGAAAAACCAGCGCAUGGCAGCACUGCCAGCGCCGGCACCUAUCCCAGGUCCUCUUGCACCUGCCUCGUCGCAACAACGCAACAGCACACCACCCAUGGCGCUGGUGAGGGCUGGUACUUUUGAUUACGAGAACUACGGCCCACCGUACGGGACGCCUCGCGGGGCAUACGGUAGCGGCCCUCCUAUACCCGCAAAAGUGCCUCUAAUGAGUGGGGGUCUCGGACCGUCCAGCGGCGGAGGGGGCGGAGAGUGGGCUCUCAUGGAUGAGAUGAGCCGCAUUGACAUCGGCUCCGGACGAUCAAGGCGGCAUGGCGGAUACUAG